UUUCCCAACAGUCCUGGGGCUUGGGGACAAAGGUCAGUGUCACCACCAGUCACUGUCACUCCUUGGAGCGGCUCUGGGUGGCACUGAGGUCCCCCCUUUCCCACGGUGGUGACAGUGGCCGGGUUCGGCGGUGCCAUGGGGCCGCUGUGGCUCUGCCUCCUCAUCCUCACCGCGCUCUUCGGUCCCACGGCCCCACAAGACCUGGGCAGCUCGGUGUUCGUGUUCCCCCGAGAGUCCCAAAGCGCCCACGUGCAGGUGACAGCAACGCUGGAGAAACCCCUGAACAACCUCACCGUGUGCCUCAAAUCCUACACCGACCUCAGCCGGCCCUACAGCCUCUUCUCCUACGCCACCAAAAAACAGAGCAACGAGAUCCUGCUCUUCAAGCCCAAACCUGGCCAGUACGACUUCAACGUGGGCAACCAGUUCUUGUCCUUCAGGGUGCCUGAAAACCUCGGGGAGGUCGAGCACGUCUGCGUCAGCUGGGAAUCCUCCACGGGCAUCGUGAGCUUCUGGCUCAACGGGAAGCCCUGGCCCAGGAAGGGGCUGCAGAAGGGAUACACGGUGGGAGUGCCAGCAUCCAUCGUGCUGGGGCAGGACCAGGACAGCUUUGGGGGUGGUUUUGAUGCCAAGCAGUCCUUUGUGGGGGAGAUUUCAUCCGUGUACAUGUGGGACGUGGGGGUCUCCACCACGGAGGUGGUGUCGGCCAUGUACGACACACCUGGCCAAACCCCCCUUUUUGGCUGGAACAAUUUCCCCUACAAGAUCGUGGGAGAGGUGUACCUGAAGCCCUGAGGUUGUGGGGGGCUGUCCCCAAUCCCUGCUGUGUAAACCCCUCCCCAAAAGCCACCCAACAUUGCAUAAAUGGAGAAAUGUG